AUGCCUUUUCCUUUUGGGAAGUCUCAGAAGAGUCCAGCUGAUAUAGUGAGGAGUUUGAAGGAGAAUGUGGCAUCCAUGGAAAAGAUGGAUGCUGCUGACAGCAAAAAGUGCGAAAAGGUCGCGGAGGAGGUGUCCAAAAACCUGGCUUCACUGAAGGAGGUACUUAGUGGAACAGGUGACAAGGAGCCUCAAACCGAAGCAGUGGCUCAGCUUGCACAAGAGCUGUACAACACCAACCUCCUCAUCGCUCUCAUUGCAAACCUGCAAAGGAUUGAUUUUGAGGGGAAGAAGGAUGUGGUUCAUUUGUUCAGCAAUAUUGUGAGACGUCAAAUUGGCACCCGUACGCCCACGGUGGAAUACAUCUCUACGCAACAACAGAUCCUCUUCAUGCUUCUGAAAGGAUACGAGAGUCCAGAAGUGGCUCUGAACUGUGGAAUGAUGCUGAGAGAGUGCCUGCGUCACGAGCCUUUGGCACGGACAGUGCUCUUCUCCGAAGACUUCUACUGCUUCUUCCAUUAUGUUGAUCUCUCAACCUUUGACAUUGCCUCAGACGCUUUCGCCUCAUUCAAGGAUCUCCUCACAAGACACAAGAUUAUGUGUGCAGAUUUCCUGGAGAAAAACUACGACAGAGUGUUUACAGAAUACGAGAAGCUGCUGCAUUCUGAGAACUACGUCACCAAACGUCAGUCUUUGAAGCUCCUUGGGGAACUUCUCCUGGAUAGACACAACUUCACUGUCAUGACAAAAUACAUUAGUCGGGCAGAGAACUUGAAGCUGAUGAUGAACUUGCUAAGAGACAACAGCCGAAACAUCCAAUUUGAGGCGUUCCAUGUGUUCAAGGUAUUUGUUGCAAACCCCAACAAGACUCAGCCCGUGCUGGACAUCCUGCUGAAGAACCAGGCCAAACUCGUGGAGUUCCUGAGCCACUUCCAGACCGACAGAUCAGAGGAUGAGCAGUUCUGCGAUGAGAAGAACUAUCUCAUUAAGCAGAUCCGGGACCUGAAGAGGCCCACAGCACCGGAGGAAGCUUAAGGCGUCAGGGACGAGCGCUGCAUCAGGUGGUAGAUGUUAUUGGGUGGUGGCUGGAGCUGCAGAGGGCUAAGAGAGAGUCUAAAAGACAUGCUUCAUUAAAAUGUAAUAUUAACUACAAAAUAUAGGAAAAAAAGAUUACUUCCUUCACUUUCUGUUUUUUUUUUUUCUUUUUUUUUUUUUUUUGUGGAUGUGGAGGUGAUUUCCAUCCAGCAACCUGAGUGGGCCAAGAACUGUUAUUUAAACCAUAGUGCUUCUUCUCUAGUGAUAAUUAAAUGCAUUUAGUCCGUUCUUGUAAUGUUGGACCUUAAACUGUUACCCUUCUACACACAUUGUGGUUGGCAGAGACCUUAGAAUGACAAAAAUGUCACCCCAUUCACAGCCAACGUGUGUUCUCGAAAGUCUUUCUCAGAAAUGUGUCUGUAUUUUAGAGAUUGAGAAGGUGAGGAGAAGUUAAUAUAUUAUUUUUUCUAAUGUAUCUUCAUGGUAAACAGUUUAAAACCUACAGUAACCCUUCUCUCUGAACAUUUAAUCUAACGAAUUGCAUAGGUUUGGUUUCUUCCCUUUAUUGUAAGCUGUUGUGUUGUACAGGGACUUAAAUGUUCUUUAGAAAAAUGCGAUUUCGGCAGAGUGACGUGGAUCAUAUUGGCCAGGUCAGCACAUAGUAAUUUCUGGUGAUUUAAUGUGUCGUUAUUAGGCCUUUGGUUGCAUGUCUGAGGUUACAGAGGUCAGAGAUGAUCCUGCAGUGUUGUACCUGCCGAUGCAUUAGCUGGCACAGGAAGAGGAAAUCAAAACCAUAGAGGAAUCAAUUAAUUGUGCUGUGAUUUUUUUAUUUUUUUUUUAAAUUUUUUUUUUUUAGACUGCGCUGAGCGAGGCUUGCACAACUGAAAUAGAAACAAUGCAUCAGAUAAUGCUGCAGGGUACCAGCAAUCCAUUCAAUGCUUACAUGGUUAGCCAGGAUAUACCAAUUGAUCUCACUGGGAGCACUCCAUCUCACCCUCACAUACUAAGCACAGAUAGAAAGUAUUCAUUUUAAAACAAUGCUUUAACAAUUCAUGGGCUUUUAAACUACUUGAUGUAUGCCAUGUUGAGCAUUUCUCUUUUACAGCAUAAGCGCUGCAUAACACAAGAAAUAGUAUUGCAACUUGCGUGCCCCAUGAUGAUGCAUUAUAAGUAUGUUACACUGUAAAUGUAUUAUAUUCAUAUGAGAGCAUGAUGUGUUAUUUAAAAUUAGUGGAUAUGCCGAAGAGACUUCAUUCUAAUUUAAAUCAGGAAUGUCAUUUUCAUCAUUAGUUUUCAUUUGACACACAUUACACAUCUGCUACACUAGAUUUGAGAAUUGGGCAGACUGUAGGUAAUGGACAUUUUAUUUAAUUCUUUGCUAAAACAAACUACAUCACCUAAAUUUCAUCCAUGCAGUUAGUUAGUUACUUUACACCAAAGAAUACAAAUAGAAAAUGGGGUGGCAGAUGCUAAAACAUCAGACUUUAAAAAUUGUGUUUUUGUCUUUUCUGAUCUAAUUAUAAUACAUUUUCAUAGAAUACACUGUAACAUGCCUGUGAUGCAUCAGAACUCAUGUCCUAUCAGAUGUCAACAUUGUCAAAAUAACCACAUGCACUUUUAAAACAAGUUUGUUUUGGAUGAUGAGCACUGAAUUUAUUGAGUUCCUCACAUGCAUGACUGAGAAGUUUUAUUUCUUCAAAAGACUUCUGUUCAAAUAAUUGCCUUACUUCUGCCAUUGUCACUGAAAUGGCAUUUUGGGGAUUUUAAGAAAUAUGUUGUCUGCGCACAGUCUUCUAGUAUAUACCUCAUGGGAUUUGAGUUUGCAAAAGUUCUCUUUCCUUUCCUUCCUAGACAAGAUAUUUAAUUUGACAGUUUAAAAGACACAACAGUGGUUUGUACGCAUGCCUAAACUGGAUAUAUAUAUAUGUUCAAACUUGAACAGGGACUGCGAGCUGGUUUUCACAAUGGAAAACUAGAUUUUUUUUAAACUUAAAUUUUUCAUUGGGUUGUGCCACACACAAGUUAAUUCAUAAUGAAUUGCAGUGUGGUACCUUGUAAUGAACGUUGCCUUAUUUAAAGACAUUUAAUGGAUUGUAAUGAUUAUGUAAAAUUCCAGACCUUUUUAAAACCGAAUUCAAUAUAGAAGGGGUGAAAAAAUGUACAUUUCAAGUCCCAAAUGCAUUACUCGUUAAUUUCUCAGAUCCGCAUCUAUUGUAGUGUCGCUUUAUUACCAACUGCAUUGUGCUCUAAUGUGAUCCUGCGAGUGUAAAUAUAUAUUUUAAUAGACUACACUCAGAGUAGUUUUUCAGUUGUGGUUAAUUAGCAUUUAAAUUCCAUAAAAUAAUUUGGGAACUCUGCUGUGAAUGUGGUACAUUAUGCACAAAUUGACUCACGUCUGAAAGUGUGUUUGAGUUUCUUAAAAAUCCUCCUUUUGUGAUUAUUUAACGUGAAACACAAUUAUUCAAAACCAUAUUAAUGCAUCGGACUUAACCCAGAUACACAAGAGUCCUUACUAAUAUAUCCAUGAGCACAAACUAACUUAAAACUUGCUGACAAACUGUUGCGCAACAGGCUGUAAUAAUAUCCAAGAUUAUCGGAAAAGAAAAAUCCAUUUUAAUAAAAGACAUGCUGUAUACAAGUCAUCCCAUUAGAGGGAGCUGUUGGCAACAAUUGGCCCAAUUGUAUUAGUUGUGCAAACAAAGCAUGUCAUGUUUCUAUAACCCUACCUCCAAUUAUGAGUAUAUAAAUCACUGGCAAUAUUAUGUAGAUGUCAACACAAAUUCCUUCAGAUCAAUACUAUAUUUCAUGAUUGUAGGGUUUUCUGUUUAAAUAUUUGUUGUGCUUUUUUUUUUUUUUUUACUCUGUUGCCUUCUUUUUUCCCUUCUCUUUCCACACUCUGGAUAUUUUCUUUAUUUACCAUGGGAGCGAAUUAUGUGUACAUAACUUUAUAAAGGAUAAAAGUGUGAAAGCAUUCAUGAUAAUAAAACUUUAUGGCAAUUCA